AUGAAUGAUAAACCAGAUACAGUUUCAACUACGUUAACAAAUACAGAAUCAUCAAUAUCAGAAAUAAAGAACUUACUUGCUACAACUCCAACAGAAAAAAAUCCAGAAAUUAAACCAAAUAUAGAAAAACCUCCGACAAUUUCAAUGGUUCAUCCAGAAAAUAUAUUAAAUCUACUAAAUAAUCCUACUGAAGCGGAACAAAAGAAAAUUACUCACGAAUCAGAACCACAAAAAAUUGAACAAACAAUUCCUUCAACACAAACUCAACAAGAUCAACCAUUCACAUCAAUUUCUACUCUUAUGAAUCAUCCAGCUCAAGCAGAUAUUCCUCACGUUCCUGAAGCGCUAACGAACAUUAAUAAUUUGAUGAAUCCAGUUCACCCUGCUCCAGAACCAGCUCCAGUUAAAAGAAAUGAAAAUACAGAAAAAACAGGUCAUAGGAAAGUCGAAAAAAUUGUUGGAAUGAAAAUUUAUAAUGGAAAACGUUAUUUCCUAGUAAAAUAUGCAGGAGAAAAGCAGCAUGUCGUUGUUGAUGGAGCAAUUAUCAGAAAACACAAUCAAAAAGUUUUAUUGAAUUUUUACGAGGAGCACUUGAAACUCGUAGAUGUUAACCCAGAAGAACCUCAAGUACAUCUGACUAAUCAAAUACUUAAGUGA